AUGGCGUGGGUGCAUAACCUCCACGGCUCUGACCCUCAUAGCAGAAUCGGUCGUGCCAUUGUGAUGUGUGUGGUGUUUCCGGUUCUUGCGUUGAUGGCAGUAUGUCUACGCUUUUAUGUGCGAUUGAGGACAAAACGGGCUCCGUGGGUGGAUGAUUAUGCUGUGUUGAUCAGUGUCUUGUUGACUGCUAUAUAUGCGGGACUUACUAUUGCUCGUGAGUGUGUUCAAUAUGCUGAUACUGCAAGUGAGAGGUAUCUAACAAGAGUAGAAACUCGAUGGGGAAUGGGACUGAGCCAGGCUUAUUUUCCCGAGGAGAAUACUAUUGCCUUCAGCAAGAUACAAUAUGCCGGCGGUCCUGUUUAUACCCUCAAUCUUCUCGCAUUCAAGCUUGCCUUGCUUACAUCUUAUUAUCGCAUUGGAGGAUUCGUGAAAUCAUACAGAGUCACUAUUCUCAUUGCCAUCGCCGUUUGCGCCACUACACAGGUGAUAUUCACCUUGAUUAUGUCGCUCGCCUGCAAGCCUAUCCCAAAACAAUGGGAUAUCACUGUGAGCGGGAAAUGCAUCGACACGGUGUCAUUCUAUUAUGGAACCAACCUUGGCUUUGAUGUCGCAAUCAUCAUACUCCCCCUGCCGGUUCUCUGGAAACUCCAACUUCAUCGGAAACAGAAAUGUGUCUUGAUAGGAAUGUUCGCACUCGGAUUCUUCGUCACCAUCAUCCAAAUAAUUCGGAUCUUCAGCGUCAAGAACCUCAAGAAUAUCACGGAUAGUGAAGGACUCAUUCUGUGGUCUAUCGUUGAAGUCAGCCUCGGCGCAAUAAUUACAUGCAUCCCAACGUUUAGCCCUCUGUUCAAGAGUUUCGCGACAACCAUAACAUCAUACCGCAACAACGGCAUGGGGCGAUCGUACGCUCUCGAGUCAGCUCCUGAGUACGGCACUGGAAAGUGUUCCAGUUUCAAGAGCAGUAAGAGGACGACCUUCGGGCGUCAGCAACAAUCCAAUACAACCGUUAUCGGGUCCAACCUGAGUAACGCAGCAACCUAUCCUCGGAAUACAGAUAGUGAGGAGGAGAUACUUGGUGAAAGGGACAAUGGAAGGAUUUACAAAACUGUGGACUUCAAGGUUGAGAAUGUUUGA